ACGUGACCCCAGCAGAUACACUCCAACAUGUAAAAGGAAUCGCCCGCAACGGCCUCUUUCUGUCUAAACGCGGCCCCGUCCGUCCCCACUGUUGCACAGGUUGCGCGGAGAACCCCGCGCUGCGUCCCCCGGAGGAGUGAUGCUCAUCCGAGAAGUCCUGCUGCUCCUUCAGUGUUGUUGGCCUUCGCUGCUGUUGCACUGGUACCUCCAUCCCAUAUGGGGCUUCAUCCAGAUCACUCAAGGUGAACCUCAGAAAUCGUGCUCCAAGCCUGUAGCCGAGAAAGUUACAGACAGUUGCCAACAGAUAUGUCAAUGUAGACCACCUCCGUUACCACCGCCACCACCACCUCCACCACCACCAAGGUUGCUUGGGAUCCCAUCUCCCACCCCUCCCAUUUGCCCAACUGGAGAGACCUGGUGGCCAGGCUCGGUUAUAAUUAUUGCAGCAUGCUGCACCACACCAGUGUUCCUCUUUCUAGUUUUCAUCAUUUGCUACAAAGCCAUAAAAAGGACUCAUGAAAAUCCAUGCAUGUGAUUGAUGGAGAGGUUAUGGAUGCUGGAGUCCCAUUUCAUACCUUUGCUGGGCACCAUAAAGUUUAAUUUAUCUAGAGCUUGAAUGCUCCAUUGAUUUUAAACCAUUUUGUGCAAACAGUUCAAUUACUGAUUUACUACUUAGCAAAAUAACUGUCUGUAGUAAAUUGCGUAGCAGACGGAUGAAAUUCAUUUUAAAGAGCAACCCAGCCAUGGAGUGAGUAUUAUGGAUUUCGAGAGCUCUUAACACCCAGCUAUACUAAUUGUAGAGCAACUGCUGC